CGUGUAUCACACACACAUUCACACGUGUACUUAGAAAAAUAUUCAUGGUAUGUAUCUUAGCAGGAAGGAAAUCACUUGUUGAAAAACAACAAGCAACUAGUAAAUCUGUGGUUUGCCUUUUCUCCAGAGCACCUUGUGCUGGGGCAGCCUUGGGCAUUUUCUCAAGCAUAUUUCCUUCCUGGUAGGCUAAAUGACCUGUGUACUACCUGUGGUAACCUCACACUAGCGCUUAAGACUUAAAUGCUCUGUGACCCUCUGUCUAUUAGCCGAAAGUCUGUGGCAGCAAAAUAAUUUCUGGUAGGCAGAAACAGUUGAAAGAGAACAUGAUGGGAUUUCCUUGCUUCUGAAACAUUACGAGAGAACUGGAUGGCUUAAAAAUUUUAUAUUUCAUGACUCAGGAUGGGUUGAUCUCAGGCCACUUCUGUCUCCAGUUACUGUUGCUUUUUACAGUAGAAUUCCUUGUCAGAGUGUUCUGUAUGAGCUUUUCCAUUUUUUACUGUUAAGACACUCAACUGGGCUUGCCAUUUCAUUGAAACUGCUUGUCAGGGUCAGCAGGGAGGGCCAGACUGAGGCCAGUCCUCUUCCUACUUGGCCUUCACUAGCUGACAGGUUUGACUGUGCCUUCUUGAACCAUCUUCUUAGCUUUUGUUGUGCACUGUUGUGCUACCUUACUUCUCAGUCUCUUGCUUCCUCCUCAUCUUUUCCCAAGGAUUUGUUCUUGGUCUUCUCUAUACUCAUUCCUUUGUUGAGACACUCUCCAUUUCAUGGCUUUAAAUACCAUCUAUAUUGAAGACUCAUUUGUAUGUUCAGCUUAUGUCUUCUGAACUCUGGAGUUCUGGAAUUGCUCACUUGGUAUUUUGAUUUGGCUAUCUGGUAAACAUCUUAGCAUGUCCCAAACUAUCCCCAGUUUUGUUAGGGCUUUACUCCUGGUAUUACUAAGUGUACCUCUGCCAACUACAAAUACGGAUACCCCAAAUGGAGGACCAGGAAGAAGCAACGCCUGCACUCGUUGGGUUAGACCCAGUAAUCUUUAACCUGGAUUACAGGAUAAAAAAACGGGAUUAAUCCAGUCUUUUUAUCCUGGAUUAAUAGGGUUGUAUUUAUAUGACUUCCAGCCAACCAGCUGACCAUUGCUCAAGUAACAAAAGCAACAGAGGGAAGUAUUUCAGGACGUUGAGAAGACAAGAUCUGAAAAGGAAAGCUUGGUGACCUGGGAGGGAGGAACCUAAAGGGUUUCAAGAGUAAACUGAACGGAGAGGGAGCGAGUGGAGAAGCUUCUGGCUGUGAAGGCAAGGAGAGAGAUGUAGUAGUGACUGAUGGAGGAGGUGGUUGAGGGAGGUGAUAACAUGUCAAUGCCAGUGGGGAAGGGAAUGGAGGGAGCAAGACAGGAGAAGGCAUUCUGGAGGCUGUGUGAUCCAGGGCACAGGUGGAGGGAUCAGCCCUGUGGUUCUCCACCCUGAUUGCACCCAGGGUGGGUGCUCAGGCCCCUCCCAGGCCAGUUGAAUCAAUCUCUGGGAAUGGGGCCAGAACUAAGAUUUUUCAAAAGUUCCCUUGGGAAUUUUAAGGGGAGGGGCUUCCAUUUUGCCUGACAUGAGAAAUUAUCAUCUGUUAGUUUCUUUGAUCAGGAAGGCAGAUAUGUUGGUUCUAAUAUGGAAUGAAUUUCAAAAUACACAUGUGCAGAACAGUGUGUGAUUUUUUAUUCCCUGCUUGAGCAUAAAAGGAUAUACACAUGCCUGUACUUCUCUAUGCAGAGUAUAUCUGGAAGAUAGAAGAACCUGGUGGCAGUAGUGAUUAUCUCUGAGAAACAGCUUGGGCUGCGAUGGGAGGCUUUCUUUUUGUACACUUAAUCUACAGGAACGUUCAGCAGCAUCCCUGACCUCUACCCACCAGAUGCCAGUAGUACCCCUUUGUGACCACCCAAAAUGUCUCCAGACAUUGUCAGAUGUCCCCUGGGGGCCAAAACCACCCCCAGUUGAGAACUGCUGUUCUACGGCAACAAUUAUUAAAAAUAAAGCACCAUGCAUGAUGCCUGGAACAUAGGUUCAGUAAAUGUUUUCUCAUUUUCUAAAAUUUGCUCACCCUUUGCUCAACCUAAUCAUUGAUUACAUGUCUAAUAAUAGCUGUAUUGGUCAGGGUAGGAUAGGCUCGGAAAUCUCAGCAGCUUAUUACAACAAAGGUUUAUUUCUCACCAUGUUCAACACAAGUUGGGUGAUUCCGGGGCCGCCGUUCUCCAUGCGUUGACUCAGUGAUCCAGAUUACUCCCACUUGGUGGCCCUUCCAUCUCAGCACGUGGCUUCUGCGAUGGCGGAGGCAGGAAGGGAAGGUUGGCAAACACGCACCAGCUCUCAGACGCUUCAGUCCUUGAAUGACACGUGACACUUGUUCUCAGCCCACUGGCCCGCAAUGGGUCACGUGAGCCAACCUAACUGCAAGUUAGGCUACGAAAUAGGGGAAGCCCAUGGAUAUUUGGUGAGUAAAAAUAUCUCUGCUGCAAUUGCUAACAGCUGUCUCCACGCCAGCUGGUGUUCCUAGAACGUUUGCAUUUAUAUUAACCAAUCCUCACAGCACGUCUACGGGACACGAGGCAGAGAGGUUGAGGAGCCAGCCCAAGGAUGUGCCGUCGUAAAGCCAGACUUGGUCUGGCGGCCUGGCUUAGCAUCUGUGCUUAACCGCUGUGCGUGUGCUUGGUACUGAGCACAUUGUACACUUUUUAUUUGUCUCACCCAUGUGAUUCUUCCCCCUUUACAGCUCCCAAAUCCUAGACUGAAUGCCCCUCUGGGCAAUUUCACGUCCUGUGAACCCCUUGUCUAGAAAGAAACAUGCCCCCAAUAUCGCCCAUUACAAGCACAGAAACUCUUUGACCAUUCUAUUUGGUACCAAAGCUCAGACCCACUCAAGUUCUGCCUGCGAGAGGCCGUACAACAGCUUACAGUAAGCCAGACCUUGUGUAACAUCUUACACCAAUUCCCUGAAAGCUUACCACUUCCACGCUAUGGGGGGAAAAACGCCCGAGGUUCUGAGAGGUGAAGCAACUUGUCAGAGGCCAUACACUGAAAUCCCUGCACGCUUCUAGCGAGGGAGGCCCAUCAUGUGCCAGGCACUUGCAACAUACACAGCCCUGCAGGUUAGGCGGUGUAAUCCCACUUCUGUGGAUGAGAAAGCUGAGCCCGGGGCUCACAUUCCGCAUUUCUCCGCACACUUGGUGUCUUUUCCCCGCGAGAAGAGUGAUGGUACCAGAAGUCAAUGAAAGCUGUUGGGCGGAAAGGACCUGCUAUGGCAAAUGAAGGUGAGCUGGCGGCUCCAGAAUGAACCACAGCUCCGAGAAGAGGAAGUAGCAGCCCAGCUGGCUCUCUCUCAUGGCCUGUGAACCGCAGAUGGACCCCGGCGGGGCGGCCGGCCCAUUGCCUACCUCCGCCCCUGGCUGGAGCGCCUUGCCUGCGGGGAGCCCUCCUGGCUGGGGGCAAGAGCUCCACAAUGGCCAGGUCCUCACGGUUCUCCGGAUUGACAACACCUGUGCACCCAUCGCCUUCGAUCUGGGGGCCGCAGAGGAGCAGCUGCAGACUUGGGGCAUUCAGGUCCCGGCCGACCAGUACCGGAGCCUGGCUGAGAGCGCCCUCUUGGAGCCCCAAGUGAGAAGAUACAUCAUCUACAACUCCAGGCCUAUGCGGCUGGCCUUUGCCGUGGUUUUCUACGUGGUGGUGUGGGCCAACAUCUACUCCACCAGCCAGCUGUUUGCCCUGGGGAACCACUGGGUGGGCGUGUUGCUCGUGACCCUGGCCGCGGUGAGCCUGACCUUGAUUCUUGUGCUUGUCUUCGAGAGACACCAGAGGAAGGCCAACACCAACACCGACCUAAGACUGGCGGCUGCCAACGGAGCCCUCCAGAGACACCGGGUGCUGCUGGGGGUGACGGACACGGUGGAAGGCUGCCAGAGCGUGAUUCAGCUCUGGUUUGUCUACUUCGACCUGGAGAACUGUGUGAAGUUCUUAUCCGACCACGUUCAAGAAAUGAAGACUAGCCAAGAGUCCUUGCUGAGAAGCAGAUUGAGCCAGCUGUGUGUUGUCAUGGAGACUGGAGUGAGCCCUGCGACGGAGGAGGAGCCUGAGAACCUGCUGGAGGACACUCCUCUCCUGCCCAGCAGUCCUCAGCCCAAGGAGAGGCCGCUCAUGCAGACUGAACUUCACCAACUCGUUCCUGACGCUGAGCCGGAGGAAAUGGCCCAGCAGCUGCUGGCGGUGUUUGGUGGCUACUACAUCCGGCUCCUGGUGACCUCGCAGCUCCCCCAGGCAGGGGGGACGCGGCACAUGGACUCUCCGAGGGUUCCAUGCCCCUGCCAGUUCAUAGAAGCCCACAUUCUGGGCACAGGGUGCUGCCCGUUCCUGGCCAGGUGACCUAAGGACAGAAGUACUCAUCUUCCUCUAAGACUGAAGGUGACAAGUGAGGGAGGCCUCAGGAGCCCAGGGUGGCCGAUGGCGAGCCCUCGGGGAGGAGAGGAGUGUCUUGGAGCACCCCGAAGGGUGUCAGUCAUGUCAGCAACGGGGGUGUCAUGCUCACUCCAGGACCCUGCACAGAAAUGGCUUCUCAACAUCCCAUCUGGACCCCUCGCCUUUACAGAAGCUGAUGGUCGCCGAGCUGGUGCCCCUCCGAGCCACUCUCUGUGCUGCUCAGAACCGUGGGCGUGGAUGGAAGGGCCCCUCUCCCAUCCCUUUCAUUGCUGGAGAUCCCAGGAAAUGUGAAGAUGACCAGACUGGGCCACGCAGGUGUCCCAAGCUUGACCUCAGAUGAUGCUCCCAUCUCCAACCCCUUCAUGUCAGAUGGGGAAACAGAUGCUCAGGGAGGACAUUGCUCUUGGUGGCACUGCCCCGGGCCUCUAAAAUGAUAAGACUCCCUCUUCCCAACUGAAGCAAAGAAGUAAAUUCUCAGAAUGUUCUCCAUUUUUAAGUUUUUCUUCUUCUAUAUUUUAUGAAAAACAGUGGCACCUGUGUUUGUCGUCUGCUAGCACACAGGCUUCCAGGGACAGAAGAAAGACACAAACGGCACACAACUGUUAAUGGAAUAUUUGGAAAAGACCCAUCCUGUCUGACUGGACAACUUAUUUUGUUCAAAGGCGUGCUUGCUUGUGGUUCUGGUUUUAUACUGCAGAUGGAGAGCAAUGUCCUGUUUUCUGACACUAACACUGUCCUGGAAUGAAGCAGGAUCUCUCACUCCUGGAGCUCCGUGAUGAGCUAAGAAGCUUCCAGGUUCUCUGCUUCUGAAGAAAUUUGAAGUUCAUUAUUCUGUAGGCCCCAAUUCAAUAUGGCCUUUAAAAGCUCCCCAGCCCCUAAGACCCAACCUUCAUCUGCAAUUUUGGCUUCAUCUCCCACAAAAUUCCUUCAUAAGUUAAAACUUUUUCCUGAACUGACAUGCCUAUUCCUUUCCAUCUUUUGGACUCCUAUGCAUGCUUCAAAGCCCGGUGUUACUUACCCGUCUUUCAGGAAUCCUUCCAAUACAGCCAUCCCUGCUUCUCUCUGCCUCCUUUAAAUUCUUGAUGUAGAUGCUGCCUUUACUGAUGUUUUAAGUUAUCGAUUCUGUUUUCCUGUGCACAUGCCUAUUUUUCUAGCUAGACUAUAAGCUCCUCAAAGACAAAGACUGUACCCUGUGCUUUUUGUGCAUAAUCUGGACUUGCUAAGGAAAAAGAAAGUUCUGUGGAUUGAGUGCUUUGUCAUCUCCAUAGUAGCUUUUGCAAAUUGCUUUCUAUGCUCAGUUGAAUAAUAAGGUUGGCACAGACUUGGCUUCUGGUCCUGAGCCACCCCUUCUAGCUGUGUAACUUUUGGCUGGUCCUCAGUUUACCCAUCUGUGUAAUGGGUAGACUGGAUGAUUCUUAAUGGCCCUUGCAAGCCAAAGUUCUGGGAAUUUCCGGGUUUUUUUUGCUCCUUCCUAGUCCUUGGCCUCUCUGUCGGUUAUGCCUUUAUCUACUUGUAGAAAGGUCCUAUGGCCCCACACGGUGUCCCAGGUCUGAGGUGUCCCAAACCUGGUGCUCCUUUGGAUGCAACACUGGCCUAGCCAGCAGGAGACCUGGAUUCUCAUCCAAGAUCUGCUGCUUCCUAGCUGUGUGACCUUGGCUAGGUCACUUAGAACCUCUCUGAGUGUCAGUUCACUCAUUUAUAAAUGGAUCUGGUGGACAUGAAAUGUACUAAUGCGAGUGACUUGCCCUGUAAGAGAGGAACCUAUUUGCUUUCUCUGGGCCGGAGAAGAGAAAUCAAGUGCGUAGACCAGCCCUUGGAAGUGGCUGUUCUAGGCAUUUCUCUGAGGGCAGAUUUGCUCAAUGAGAAUUAUUCAUGAAGGCAAUCACUGUCUUUCUCCUCUGCCUCAGAGGAAAUGUGAGCUGUGAAUGCAAUCACAGAAGCCCAUAUUUAUUUAACCAUAAAACCCUGGUAAGUAUAAUACUAGAGAAUAUAAAUGUGUGCGUUAAAUGGCAAAACAGCAGUUUUUCCAUUUUAAGGCUUAAAGAGCGCUUGCUUGUGUUCUUUCUUGCCUUUUCCUCUCUUUAGAGUUCCUGAUGGUCUCACCUGGUGGGUGGGGCAUCCAGAGGUGCCCACAACAUUCAUUUCUUUGCAUUUGUGCCUCAGUUUCCUCAUUUAGAAAAUUCUGUGAUUUCUGUUUUGCCUACGUCACAGGGUUGCUGUGAAGACAGAUUCCACAAAUGAACACGCAUUCUAAGAUUUAAGGCUCUGAAUUAAUGAUAGGCGUCGUGAUGGGGACAGUGCAGAGUCAUGAAGGGGAUGAGGGGAGGACCUCGGAGCUUGGGUUUUAUUCAAAUCCGGGUUCUGCCCUUAGGAGCAGCAUCCGUCCCAUCCUUGAGUCUCACUCCUCUUGUGUGAUAAGAAUACCCACCUGGAGGGUUAUUAUGAAGAUCCAGUGAUACCAAAAUUGUGAAAUGCUUGCAACUUUGAGUUGCAAGCUUGAGUAAGAGCUUAAUAAAUUGUUGCUAUUUUUUUUUCUCUCACUAUGUCUUAUAUACUGUAGGUGCCUGGUGUAUCUUGUUAUUGAUAUAGUAGAUUGUUAACAGUUAAUGUUUAUUCAUUCUGCAUCAGACCUCAGUUACUCCACCACCGUGGGGUGUAUUUCUGUGAAUAAAGAUGCUAGUUAAAUCUC